UAGAGCUGGCAGUAGCCUUAUAGCAUGGAGACGCAUUAAGCAAAUUUAUCAAAAUACUGUUUAGUUUAAUAAAAUAACUGUUUAAGGUCAUAGUUGUAAUAUUUUUGCUCGCAAAGGGGAAUAGUUCCCAACCCCGCUAACAAAAUGCCUGUUAAAAACGAAGGGGAGGUGACAGAUGCCGAGGAGGUGUCGGGAGCUGAAUCAGAUCACUCGAACUCUAGUCAGGGCCGCGAAUCAACAGAUGAUGAACCCAACGAAAUAGAGUCGGAUGAUGCCUCAGAGAUGGAUGCCAUAGAAAUGGAGAGGAGGCGGGCUGAGCACGUCGAAGAUUUAGCUAGCCUCGAGUUGCAAUUUGAACAAUUACGCGAGCAGUACUACCAAGAACGUAGCAAACUAAUCGAACGACAAAUCGCAGACGUACGAAAUGAACGAUCCGACGAGUACUUAAUUCCCCUGAAGGAGCUGGACAAAGCCUUCCGCAACCGGAUAGAAGUGGCAGAAAAACUGCGUCAAUUUCGAUUAGAAAAUAUUGACCAUAAGCAUCAAUCUGAAGAACAAGCAGCAAUGCAAAACUUGGAGAGCGAAAAACAACUCCUUCGGGAUCAGUUAGAUGAAGACAUUGUAGACAAGAUAAGACGUCUGGAAGAAGACCGGAACAAUGUCGACAUAUCUUGGACGGACUGGGCUGUUGACAAACGUGCAAGUAAAGUUCGUGGGCCUGGUAGAAAAAAACCGGUCACAGUUACCGGUCCUUACAUUGUAUAUAUGCUACGGGAAGAAGAAAUCAUGGAGGACUGGACCAUAAUCCGAAAAUCCCUCAAUCGGUCAACACAUACAGGUACUGCUGCGCCCAUAUGAUAAUUUAAAAAAACGCACUGAUACACUAUAUAUAGUAGUUUAAUUUUUCUGUUUCCAAUACGUUUUCAUCAAAGUGAAUUGUUGUAGUUCAUCCAGAAAGCCAUGUCAAAGUUGUAUGGCGUGUUGAAAUUACUCAGGGCAUAAUAAUUAAACUAGUAUAAUCGAAGAAAUAUCGAUGCUCUUUACUAUUUUAGUUAUCCUGAAUUAAUGCUUAGUGUAUAAGUGAAAUUCUAAUUUAAGUACUAACAUAUUAUAGAAAAUGAAUGAUAAAUUAAAGACAGUAAAGGCAUGUGCAACUGCGCU